AUGACACAGAGAGAAGCCAGGACUUCUCCAGAGAUGCCUGCACUGGGGGGCCACAGCAGCGGAUCUGGGCUGGCACUGGGCACUGACAGGAAGAGGAGCCGCCUGAUGAAGGCGAAACAGGGACUAUGGGGAGAGACUAGCUGGGGCAGCCAGAGAUGGAGCAGACCUGGCCCCGCCAUCCAUAGUCCCAGAGCCAGGAGCUUGGCUGUUGGCAGGGGUGAAUCGAGCCCAGAGAAUGCUGCCCGGGAACGGAGUCGAGUAAGGACCCUGCGUCAAGCCUUUCUGGCCCUGCAGGCGGCAUUACCCGCAGUGCCCCCUGACACCAAGCUCUCCAAACUAGAUGUACUGGUCCUGGCCACUAGCUACAUAGCCCAUCUUACCCAAACUCUAGGCCAGGAGCUGCCUGGGGUAGCCUGGCCGCCCUUCCUGCGUGGACUCCGCUACUUGCACCCUCUCAAGAAAUGGCCAAUGAGAUCUCGCCUCUACGCUGGAGCCUUGGGGCCAUCUGGCCUUGACCCUCCUACUACCAGUGCUCCUGGCCAGAGAAUGUGGGAAUCAACAGUCAGUCCUCAAGUCCCUGGAGAGGUGGAAUUCAUUCCUCCCAAGCCAGUCUCACCAACUUGUAGCAGCAAAUAACUUCAUCUGCUUCCCCUAUGCCUGGGCCCUUAAUUUAGUAAGGGGGUAGCUCCCUCAUUCUGGCCCCACUUAUCCCUUUUAUGACUUUCUAGCCUAUUGGUCCAUUGCAGGGUCUGCUUUCAGAAACUCCAGUACACAUACAUCCCUUAUGGGGAAAAGUCGAGGCUUAGAAAGCUGGCAGAGAAAGGGAUUUUUGACUGAGGGGCAACAGGGCAGAUGGAAAGUAGAAGGACCAGGACUUGACUCUUUGAGAUAAAACUUCGUGGUGACUCAGUUACCAUUAUUGGAUGUGACAGCUCUAGAUUCCUGUCACUGAGUUGGAUUGAUGAAUUCGCUUUAAACCUGUCUUUCCCUCUUGCCUCUCUUACAAAGAUCUUUUGAAUUAACAUUGUGGAGUAUGAGAAUAGCCAGCACAGCCAAGGGCAAAAGUAGAGGGGACUUGGAUGGCAGUGAUAGUGGAGCAUUUAGCACCUCAAGGCAUUAAGGAGAAGAUGCUCCAUUCACAACAUGAAUUGCUAAGUUUAAAAUUGUA